UAGCCCAUAGGAAAAUAUCACAGUACAGAGAUCUCAUAUCUUAAAACAUUCUCCUAUUGAGAACUUUACAUUGAAAAAAACCCUAAACCCUAAAUCCAAACUAAGAAAAAGAGCAAAGGGCAAAGUAGAAGCAAAAAAUGAUCAAUUCACUAUGUGGAAGCUCAGUGUCUCUCAAAAGUGAGAAUUCAAGCACAAAGCUACAGCCCACUUCUUCAAAUGACUCAGUCUUACAAUCAAAUAAGAAAAACAAUGCUACACAAUCCUCUGUUGAUUUAUUAGAACAGAAUAAUAACAGUACCCUAACACCACCAAGCUUAAACCUUCCAGGACUCAAAUUUGACCUCGAUGGAGAUGUUGAAGUCCAAUCACCAGACAGUUCAAUGUGGGAAUCCUUUUUCUCUGAUCAGUUAGAUACUGAUUUCAUGAUGUGUUCCCCAGUGAGGAAUGUCCCUUCCCCACAACAAGCCUCAACUUACAAUUGCAACUACAACUACGCUCAUUCAAUGCAAGCACAAAGCUUUUCCGGCUGCUCUCCGCCGCGGUUUUUGGCCCAAAUCGGCGCCUAUAAUAGUAGCGGUGGAGGCGGCGGAGGAAAAGGGAAAGGGCUUAGUCCACUCCACAGGGUGUUCAACUCACCAAACAAUCAGUACAUGCAGCAUGUUGAGAAUCUUUCACUGCCUGCAAUUGAGGAGUUUUUAGAAGAGUUUCAACAAGGGGAAUACUCAUCGAUAACCGCCGCAAAUAACCGCAGCAAAGUUGGUGACGGUUCUGAUAUUGUUGGAAGUUCUUCUGAAUGCUUUGAGUUGGGGAAUUUGAUUCCUUCGGCGAGUGAAGAGUCGUCGGUGCAAGAGAAUGAGAUCUACCAUCACAUGGGUUCCAUGGUCAGUGCAUCGCUUUCCCAAGCGUUGCAACAAGAACGAUACCAUGAGAAGCAACAGAAGCAACAAGUACAACAACAACAGCAUCCACACUCACAUCAACACCAUCAAAAUUUGAUGGUUCCUAUUCCACUUGGACUAGAACAGGUAGAACAAGAGAGUGGGUUGCAACUGGUGCACCUGCUUCUAGCAUGUGCAGAGGCAGUGGCCAAAGAGGAAUACAUGCUGGCAAGGAGGUACCUCCAACACCUCAACAGAGUCGUAACACCCCUUGGCGACUCCAUGCAACGCGUCGCUUCAUGCUUCACUGAGUCUCUAACCGCAAGGCUAGCCACAACAUCCACCUCCAAUAAUGCCAACCCCACACCUUCCUCCACUUUCCCACACUCAAACUCCAUGGAAAUCCUCAAGAUCUACCAGAUCGUCUACCAGGCCUGUCCCUAUAUCAAAUUCGCCCACUUCACUGCCAACCAGGCCAUCUUCGAGGCCUUCGAGGGCGAAGAGCGGGUCCACGUCAUAGACCUCGACAUACUCCAGGGAUAUCAGUGGCCCGCCUUCAUGCAGGCCCUUGCAGCCCGAUCCAGUGGUGCUCCAUUUCUGCGGAUCACCGGGGUCGGGCCUAGCAUCGAGUCUGUCAAGGAGACAGGCCGAUGCCUAACAGAAUUGGCCCACUCGCUACGCAUCCCCUUCGAAUUCCACCCCGUCGGGGAACAACUGGAGAAUCUAAAGCCUCACAUGUUCAACCGCCGAGUCGGCGAAGCGCUGGCCGUUAAUACCGUUAAUCAGCUCCACCGUGUCCCCGGUAACGCGCUCGGCAACUUACUCACCAUGAUAAGGGACCAAGCACCGAGCAUAGUGACUCUAGUCGAGCAAGAAGCUAGCCAUAACGGGCCUUAUUUUCUUGGGAGGUUCUUGGAGGCAUUGCAUUAUUAUUCUGCGAUUUUCGAUUCCUUGGACGCGACGUUUCCACCGGAAUCGGCGCAGAGGGCGAAGGUGGAGCAGUACAUCUUCGCGCCGGAGAUAAGGAACAUCGUGGCGUGCGAGGGGCAAGAAAGGGUGGAGAGGCAUGAGAGGCUGGAAAAGUGGAGGAAGAUCAUGGAAGGGAAAGGGUUCAAAGGGGUUCCACUGAGUCCGAACGCGGUGACUCAGUCGAAGAUCUUGCUGGGUCUGUAUUCAUGCGAUGGGUAUCGGCUUACUGAAGACAAGGGUUGCUUGCUUCUUGGGUGGCAGGAUAGGGCCAUAAUUGCUGCAUCGGCUUGGCGCUGCUAACUUCUAAUAAACCAAUGCAUGUUGCUUUCAUAUUUCAUCUAUCUCAUCAAUACUUUCAUAUGUACACAACUGCACACACAACAUUUUGUCAUAGCUGCACGGGAUGCCGGAAGAAGGGAAAAUAGGUGCCCAUAUCAUAUCUAUUC